UAAUUGUGGUUUUAAUAUGGCUAUACCCAGGCUCACACUUUAAUUACAUGAUAUUUCUUCUGCGACUUUUUUAUGAUUCCUGUCAUCAUACUUUUCAAAGAUGGCGUCAUAGAACAAGGAGGUAUAUUGGACUAAUAUCCUGAAUAGAAUUUUGUAAUGGAAUUCUAGAAGGUAAUGGACUGCAUUGUCUGCUUAAUACAUUGAUAUGUUCGAAAUGAUUUAAGAAAUUUCAAAUAAUUAUCUUCCUAUGAAAUUUGUCGCACACCAAUGCUUAAAGCUACCUUGACCUAGGUGACUGACCUAUAGAGUCACCGUACACCGCGUGGCUCAUUCUACCCAACUACAAAGAAUAAACAAUAUGGAGAAAGAAAUGGCUGGCGAAAUUUGUAAAGUGGCGGCCACAGUAUUUGCCGGUCUCUUCGCAGGUAGUGCCCUUGGUAGCAAUUACACUACUAUACCAGCUUUGAUGAAGAUUGAAGACACGGCUGCAUUACGAGUAGGAUGGAAGCACCAUUUUCUCCUUGGAGCAAAAUACAUGCCUGGUCUUGCAUUGGGCAGUGCGAUAACUGGAGGCGUGGCCAGCUACCUGGAUAACACGGACACCAAAUAUUACUGGCUGACUGGUGUUGGAUGCCUCGCUUUCAAUUUCCCCUACACAAGCAUAGUCAUGAUUAGUGACAUCCGCAAACUACUCAAAGAUGACGUCAUAGAAACUAGAGGUGCAGACUGGGUCCGAGCGAAUAUCGACACGUGGGACAAACGCCACUUUGUACGCAGCAUUGUGUCAUCUGUUGGUUUUGGGAUAUUCCUUUAUUCUCUCUACAACCGGAAAUGACAUUUGUCUUUUGCAAUUUGUCUUGGUGAUGAAGAGGAAAGGGACGAGAGUAUCGUGUAGUACGUCAAUUCAACACUGUCGAAUUGAUGCUUUAUGAAACACAAUAUACAGUGUACAUGUAGUUGUAUAUUAACGUAUCUGAAGAUGUUUAAUAAAACCGUGAAGAAAGUUUGGUUUUAGGCUAAAUGUGCGUAUGAUAUUUUUCAUAAAAUGUCAGGGAACAGAAUUCAUACUUAAAUUGUGGUAUUAUUCAGGAAUAUACAUUAACUUUAAGUGGAUGUGACUGGACCACUUUAGUUUAGGUUUGCUAUUGUGCGCGUUACCCGUUUUGUCUAUGAUUAUGUUAUGCAUAUCUUGUCUUGCUGUAACAUAGAAAUAUUU